AUGGUAUGGAUAGUGGCUGUAGUAGGCUUCUGGGAGCGAGCAGCCUUUUGGGGCAUCUCUGCGCCCUGGCAAAAUUACAUGGAGAAUCCUCGGAAUUACACCAUAGAAGGCACCCCGGGAGCCCUGGGUCUCGGUCAAGCAACAGCAACACGCAUCUUCUGCGGCUUCUUCGUCGUCUACUUCACCUGCCCAAUCCUCUUUGCACCACUGGUAGACAGCCGCGUGGGCCAGUACAAGACAUUGGUCAUCAGCCUAGGAGUGUACGUGCUAGGAUGCAUUACUUUGGCCAUCAGCUCCUACCCGACUAUGCUUGACCGAGGAGCCGGCCUACCGGGUUUACUCGUGUCAAUGGCUUUGAUCGCCUUGGGAGGCGGAUGUUCGCAAGCCACUGUUAGAUCCUUUAUUGCUGCACAGUACAAAGACAGGACCCCACGACUUCGAACAUGUCCGCCGUCUCGAAAUCGAUACUUGGAUUUCCUUCGAAAGCGAUUAGACAAUACAAAAUUCUCCAAAUGGCUGCCAGCUGCUUCGACUGAAGAAGUCGUCGUGGUCGAUCCUGAACUUACCCUCAAGUUCAUAUAUACUCUCCUGUUUUGGGUUGGCAAUGUAGGUGCACUCUUGGUCUUCCCAAUUGUUUGCAUCGAGAGGUUUUCCGGCUUCUUUCCCGCCUUUGUCUUGGGCGGCAGCUGUGCACUCAUGGCCUUUUCCAUCAUCAUUGCUGGCAAGAAAUACUUCGUAAAACCUCCGCUUGCAGACAAUGUAAUGAUACCAGCGGCAAAUGUACUUGGCUGUGCUGCGCGCAACGGGUUUAAGAUGUCGCGUACAGAUCCUGCUUACCAGCUUGCGAAUCGAGGCAAAACAGUGCCAUGGAAUAGCCAAUUUUCCAAUGAAAUCACACGCGCAUUAGGUGCUUGUAGGGUCCUUCUAGCAUUCAUCAUGUUCUACAUCUGCUUCGACCAAAUGCAGAACAAUUUGAUAUCUCAAGCAGGUGACAUGAACAAAGGACAGACACCCAACGAAGUCGUGCCUAGUAUGAACCAGGUCGCGUGCAUCGUCAUCAGUCCAUUGGUCGAAUACGUUCUUGAUCCAGCACUGUCCAAGCGACGCAUUUACCUCAAACCCGUUACUCGCAUCGCCAUUGGAUUUACUUUUGUCUCGCUCUCCAUGGUGUACGCGGCCGUGGUACAGCACUUCAUCUACAUUUCCCCGCCUUGUUUCAAUCACCCCUCGUCAUGCGAGGGCCAUCAUCUGGUCGCCCAGCAACGACCGAACAUUUGGACACAAACGCCCGUAUUUGUGCUCAUGGCCGUGGGCGAGGUCUAUGCUAUGACCACGGCCAUGGAAUACGCAGAGACGCAUUCGCCCAAGGAAAUGAAAGUCCUCGUACAAUCCAUCAACAUGCUCAUCACCGGUGUCGGAUCCAUGUUUGCCAUGGCAAUUGCUGAAGCGGCUCGCGACCCAUAUUUGAUGAUUUUCUACUCCAGUCUGGCCGGUGCCAUGGCUCUCACGACAAUCGUCUUCUACGCCUUGUUUCGGAACAACGACGAAGAGGAGCAAAAUCCUGCGUUUGAUACAGAGGCCAUCACAAAGACUGGGAAUGAACAAGGCAAUGCCAUUCCUUGUAUAGCACGUACACCACGAGAUUCUGUGCAACCAGAUAAGAGUAUUGGCACCCAGGUCACGGUCACCAAGGCAGAGUAG